AUGCCAUCCACGACACUCCGUUCGUUAUGCCGCACAUUUGUAUCGGGUUCCCACCCCGUUCGAGCUUCGAAAUUCAGCCUGCGUACGUUCCGUUCGACGCCCCAUCGGACUCUCGUCUACGCCAACGCCGACGCGAAGAUAUUCGAGCAAGUAACAACCCCGAAAGACCGUAUAGCUGUAUUGGUGUGGCCCAUGUCGUCAACUCGGGCCUACUAUCGAGAGUCUGGGUUGGGACUGCCAUUUGACUUGGUCAAAGUCGACACUGAAAGCGAACAUGGUUUAGCUUUGGGUCAAAAAUAUCAAGUCACUGCCUUACCUACAGUCAUUGCUUUCCGGGACGGGAAACCUAUUGACAAGUUCGUUGGAGCCCUUCGCGAGCCUGAUGUCAAGGCCUUCUUGGAAAAACUUUGA